GCGAGGGCGACGCGGCCGUGGGGGGCGUCAAUGGAUCGCCAUUCCAGCUACUUCUUCAUCUGGCUGCAGCUCGAACUCUGCGCGAUGGCCGUGCUGCUCACCAAAGGUCUGUCUGUAAUGGACUUCUGAACGGUUCCAGCCGUGGAGCGGGGCCGUGAUACCGGCUCAGAGCGCCGCCUUCCCUCCGCAUCCAGGGACGGUAACGGCCAGAAGGAGCGCAGACCUCUGCCCCCGAGUGCGUGCGUGAGUGUGUGUGUGUGUCUGGGUGGCUCUGUGUGUCUCUGAGUGGUGUUUUUUUUUUUUUGCAUAAGUGUAUUUUUCUGUGUAUGUUUGUUGUGUGCCUGUGAGUAAAUACGUCUCUGUAUGAGUGUUUUUCUGUGUCUUUAAGUGUCUUUGUGAAUGAGCGGGUGUGUGGGUCUCAGAGUGUGUGCGCUUCUGCGCGAGCGUGUUGUGUUGCUUUUCAGCGCUGGGAGGAGUAGGUCCUGUCAGUGGUCCAAUUUCCCACUCACCUCAUAUUUUACAAAUACUAUUCCAGAAAAGAAAACAAAUCAAAAAUGGUUGGUCAGUGAUUUCUUUUUUUCCCUGCAGGCUUUCACCUUUUAAGUCGAAAUAACCCAAACUCCCAGUAGAUUUCAGGGCUUCCUCAUCUCCCCGCUGUGAACUCUACCCACUGUUCUGCGACCAGAUUUUUUUUUUUUUCCAAGUAGGGAGCGGCAUUUCAGUUUUUCACCCCCCACUUUUCUCUAAUUGCCAUGUAGCAGGCAUGAGGUUAAAGGAUAAGCUAGCCCAGCGAGGAUGAUGUGCUCCAGUAUUUAUUUAUUUUGGAAGGAAGGGUGUAAUUAACCCUAAAUAACAGCCCUCGAAGCCUGCAGAGGGGAGCCUCCUGGCCCUAUCAAAGGCCGGCAGAACGGGAGGGACUGAAGCUGACAUGAAGUCACAGAUACCGAAACUAUGUGCCUGAUAAUGAUAUAAUUAGGGGAUCAGAGAUUUCUGACUGCUGUGGACUUCAAAAGCUUUUAAAGAAGCCAGCAGUCUCUCCUGUAGCCAUCUUGACUAAAAGCAGACAUUUUUGUUUAAUCACUACAUACAGUAACAAGAGAGGGGGGAAACAGAGGGGCAUUGUUCACUGUUUCAAAAUACCAGUCCCCUUUCUGGCCUUUUGCAUGCCACAGGAAGAAACUUUAUGAAACGACAGAAAUAUAGUUUUAAUACAGUAGUACAAAAGUCCAUUCUCCUUGCUGAAAUGUGGCUCCAAUUAAAAAAAAAAAGUUGUUAAAAACUUUCCCACUUACCUGUCAAAAUGUUAUUAGACUGUUUGAGGUCAUUGAAAAUACAGUAUUUUAAAUAGAGUCCCACAAACAUUUAAACCACAUUUUACUUAUGUUCAGGUUUUUUUUGUGCUAGGUCCGAGGCCAAUAAGAUCAGAAUUGAUUUUCAAUCUGUUUUAUUUAUACUUGAAAUCUGUACAUGAAAGUUGUCAUGUGGGGGUAUGUAAUAGUCAUCUCAUCGCCACACAAGGCUGGUGAGUUUAUGUGAAAGGUAAAGUCAGUUUGGAAAGAGGAGAAAAAACUUCUGGAAAACAGAGUUCUUCCUUGGAGCAGUGGAGGCAAGAUAAGCUGGAGAAGGGACUUGAGCCCCAGGGCUGCGAGUGUAGACAGGAGCAAGCCCUCCAGCUGUGGAGUGUUAAACUCAGGCUGCCAAUGGUCUCUGGGUUCAGUUGGCUGUUUUUAAGAGCUGGGGCAUUAGCUGUCUCUGGUGAAAACGGAGCACACCAUACGGUGACCUGGAGUUUGAACAGAUAAUUAAAUGAGACACCUUUCUCAGGCACUCAGAGAGGAAGAAGAAAAAGGUUGAGGGUGAGAAGAAGUUUGUAAAGAAGUAAUCCCUGGUGUUUCGUUUCAGAGCAGAGGUUUCAAUGGCUAGACACAUCUUCAGCUUGCACAGCGAGGAAGAGGUGUGCAUUCGUUCCGUUUACAGUAGCUUUAGUUGUGGCAUGUAACAAAGACUGGAGCCCAACGGGAUGGAUAUCAGAUGAGUGAUAACACUGGGACCUAGACUGUUUCAGCUUGAAAUUGAUGUGAAAAGCCUCAAAUCUGGCAUUGUAGCUAAAUGUGCACAGUGACUUUCAAUGCACGAAAUAAGUUUUAUAAAGGAAACUUUUAAUCACUUCCUGUAGAAAAUUUUGAGGUUUCCUUAAGGAUUUUUCAUUCAACCAGCAGAGGCUCUUCGGUUUAAAUGUUUCCCCUUUUAGAUCACAUGUUGAAUUACAUGUAAAACUGGGGAGCUAGGGGGAGGAGAAGUUAGCCUUGCAGUUUUACCCCCGUUUUAUGACUUUCCAUUUGGGUUGAAAGAAAUUGACUCUGGCAGGCCAACCACUAAUUGUAAACUGCCUAGUUCCUGUUUUACAAUAUACUGACUAAAAGCUCCUCUGCAUGAAAAGAUCUAGAGUUUGUAAAUAGCUGCCCAGGCUCAUAGCUUUAAAACCUCCUGACCUGAGCAAUUUCUAGAUUGUUGUGUUUCUAGUUAAUAACUUUAUAAGGUGUUAGCUGAAGCUCUUAAAUCUUGGCACGGCCCUGAGAGGUAGUAAACAAUUUAGCAGUUCCGAUCAAAUAUUUAUACUGACAAAAUCAAAAAGCCUAGCGUUUUUAUGGUGUAUGAUCAUGUAGGAUUAAAAUGAAUAAAUAGUGUAACUUACCUCAUGACGGGGGAAAUAUACCAUGAUUGUUACUUUCCUUCAAAAUCAAAAUUUUUAAAUUUGCAACUCCUCGGAAGUCUUUGCUGAGCUUUGAUUCUCUUCUGUUGGGUUCGAUACAUUUCUAGAGUUACACUCAGCCAGACUGAAGCGUAGCCCUGUUACCCAAAGGGCUUUUCCAGCCUACACUGCCUUGUUAUUGUAAGCAUUUAGCGGAAUAUUCUACAAGCUAGUGCCUUUGAACUUGGGGGGUUUAGCAGUUGCUUUAAAUAGAUGCUUUCUCUGGUCUCUGAGGCAGAGUUUGAUGUGUUUUCUCAUUGUUUUCAGGUGAAAUUAGAUGCUACUGUGACGCUGCACACUGUGUGGCAACUGGUUACAUGUGUAAAUCUGAGCUCAGCGCCUGCUUCUCUAGACUUCUGGAUCCUCAGAACACAAAUUCCCCACUCACUCAUGGCUGCCUGGACUCUCUUGCAAGCACAGCAGACAUCUGCCAAGCCAAACAGGCACAAAACCACUCUGGCACCACCAUGCCCACAUUGGAAUGCUGUCAUGAAGAUAUGUGCAAUUACAGAGGACUGCAUGAUGUUCUCUCUCCUCCCAAGGGUGAGACCUCAGGACAAGGCAACAGAUACCAGCAUGACAGCAGCAGACACCUCAUUACCAAGGUGCAGGAGCUGACCUCUUCCAAAGAAUUGUGGUUCCGGGCAGCGGUGAUUGCCGUCCCCAUAGCUGGAGGGCUGAUUUUAGUGUUGCUUAUUAUGUUAGCCUUGAGGAUGCUUCGAAGUGAAAACAAGAGACUUCAGGACCAGCGUCAGCAGAUGCUGUCCCGUUUGCACUACAGCUUUCAUGGGCAUCAUUCCAAAAAGGGACAGAUUGCAAAGUUAGACUUGGAGUGCAUGGUGCCGGUAAGUGGGCACGAGAACUGCUGCCUGACCUGUGACAAAAUGAGACAGGCGGACCUCAGCAACGAUAAGAUCCUCUCGCUCGUGCACUGGGGCAUGUAUAGCGGGCGCGGGAAGUUGGAGUUCGUAUGACCGCGUCUUACAGGAACGGAACUCCGUGAACGCUUGAAGGCCUUUGAUUUCUGCUGGACAGGAGCACUUUAUCUGAAGAAAAACAAACUUCCAUAAUCAUCUUUGAGAGACAAAAUAACCUCUGCGGACAGAAUCUUGGCUAUUUCUUCUGAAGGAUUAUUUGCACAGACUUACAUACAGUCAAAUGUAUUAUUUGCUUUAAAAUUAUAAAAGCAAAGAGAAAAGACUGUGUACACACUGUUACCAGGGUUAUUUGCAUCCAAGGGAGCUGGAGUUGAGUAUCUAAAUAAACUAAAAUGUACUCCGCAAGUUCCUACAUCUUGACUUACUGUAAAGAUUUAAAAUAUAUAUAUAUGUGUAUAUAUAUAUAUAUUUUGGUCUGCAAUUUAGUAGUGUCUUUCGUAAAUUAAAAACAAGUGGGACGUGUAAGAGACCACAUGUUAAUUACACCCAUGAGUAUCUGCUGUAGCCACACAAUAGGCUCUUAACUCUAGGAUUUGUUUGUUUUUUUUUUUUUCCAUAAGGUCAAGAUCGUGUUUAUUCUUCCAUGCUCAUGUGUAAUUAUGGAUAGUUUCUAAAUGCGUAUUACUCAGCAUUCAGUGUUUUACCCACAUUUUUUGUUAGGAGAAUUCUGGUUUUUAGCCUUCAUCUAAGAGACCUUACACUUAUUUAUGUCAGCUCAGACAUGUUGGAUCAAUUUCUGAAGGUGUAUUAGCAAAGUUAGUAUUUUGUCUGUUUGAUCCACCAGCUUUGGAAUCUCUUUUUAAGAUGUGUCUACCUCCAACUGGAAAAGAAAAACUAAAUGAAAAUCCGGUCCCUGUCUGCUUUUACUUUUGAUAGUCGAUCAGUUUAUUCUGUCGCAAACGAAAUUAAAUACUUUGAUGCAAAACUUAGCCUAACAUGAUUCUACCAUGUUACUUUUUUAUAUCUUGUCCUUCUACGUAGUGGUGUCCUGCCUUUUUUUGUUUUGUUUAAUUUGUCUCAAUCCUUAGAAAGGUUUUCAGUGGUGAACAUGAUAUACCUACCAAUUAAGAUUUAAAUAAGACGAAGGGUUUCUUCCCCCAAAGCGAUUCUUCCAUUAAUGUAACAAAAUAGAACAUUGACUUCAGUGAGGCUUUCCGAGGAAUGCGGCUAGGCAACAACAUUUCCACUCCUCUGGGACCUUCUGUCUGGCAACAGGGGAAUUGAAACCUGUGCCACAUUUGUAUGCUUUUCCGCCCAAAAGGGACUUCAUUAUCUUACCUUUGGGAAUAAUUCGUCAUAUAGUUUUUUUCCUUGGUUUUGUAUAUUAUCUUUGAAACUUUUGCUUAAAAAUUAAUUUAUAGCCUACAUAUUUGAGUGUGGGUUUUCCUUUAUGAACAUUAAAAAAUUUUUUUUCCUGUUCUUUUCUAGAAUAUUUUAUGAUUAAGCAUGAUUUGGGUCCCUUCAGAGGACAGAUGCAGUAGCCAAGUUCAUGGAAGGAUCUGAAUUGGUACAACUCAUAUAAAGAUGAAUACCUAGAUUAAUUAGUAAGUGAUAGGCCCAUGGUCUCAAACAAAUUAGGCUAUGGAAUACGCAUCUUAAUAAGUGACAGGUUUUGUAUUUGUGCUUUUUGAUGUUCUCACAUGCCUUGUAAUUUAUAGAAGUGGAUCAAUUUUGUGUGUCAGUUUUUGAGGAAUCAAAGAGUCGUUGAACCUAUUAAAAUUUAGAGAAUUGA